GCCCCUCGGCCGCGCUUUACGGCCGUUUCACGGCGGUGUCGCGGCGGCCGGAUCGGUGUCAGGCCGCGAUGGACGCGCGUUUCACGCGGGGGAAGUCGCUGGUGCUGGAGCGGGCGCUGGGCCGGCCGCGCUCGGAGCUGUCCCUGGCCGCCUUCGCGCUGCUCUUCUCGGAGCUGGUGCAGUACUGCCAGCGCCGCGUGGCCUCGGUGGCCGAGCUGCAGGCCCGCCUGGCCCGCCUGGGCCACCACGUGGGGCUGCGGGCUCUGGACGCGCUGGUGGCCCGCGAGCGGCCGGGCCGGCGCGAGACCAAGGUGCUGGGGGUGCUGCUGUUCGUCAAGGGGCCGCUGUGGCGGGCGCUGUUCGGGCGCGAGGCCGACAAGCUGGAGCAGGCCAACGACGACGACCGCACCUUCUACGUGAUCGAGAGGGAGCCCGUGGUGAACACGUUCGUGUCGGUGCCGCGCGAGAACAGCUCCCUGAACUGCGCCGCCUUCGCCGCCGGGCUGCUCGAGGCCGUGCUGGGCGCCGCCGGCUUCCCCGCCCGCGUCAGCGCCCACUGGCACAAGGGCACCACGCUCAUGAUCAAGUUCGACGAGGCCGUCAUCGCCCGCGACAAGAGCCUGGAGGGGCGCUGAGGGGCGGCGCCGGCGGCCCCGGUGCCGGUGGAGGGACGCUCGGGGACGUCGUCGCAUCCCCGCGGCCUGGAGGGACACGGAGGGGCCCGAGCGGCCCCGGCAGCGCCGUGUCCCUGUCGCCGUGUGUGACCAGAGCCUGAGGGCCCUCGUGGCCUCGUCCCACGCAGCGAUGUGAGAUGAGGCCGCGAGGGAGAGAGUCUGGAGGGACGUCGAGAGGCAGGGACGAGGCCACCUGGCCUUGGCUCGUGUCACCGCGUGGGCCGAGCCGUGAGAGGCGUCACCGCCCACCACAGGAGCCUUCCUGGUGGCCCUUGGGCACCUCUGGGGAUGUCAGAGCUGCUCUGUGUCCCUCAGCUCUGUUCUUGUCCCCAGGGUGGCCCUUGGGGACACUCACGUCACUAUAAAUGGUCUCUUGUCCCUCCA